AUGUCGGAUCUCAGUCUCGGGGGAUUCGCGCUACUGGUCUGCGUCUACAUCUUUACCGUCGCCUGCACCGCGAUCUUAGGUCUGCGCUUUCUGGCCGCGCGAUUGACGAGACGGCGGUUCUAUCUCGAUGACGGCUUCGUCGGCCUUGCAUAUAUAAACACGGUCGUGUUGGGGGGUUGUGUCAUAUGGGCCAUCUACAACGGAUUGGGCCGCCACAUCAUUGAGCUCAACCCCCAGGAGAUCGGGGUCCAGUUCAAGCUCGUCGUCGCCAGCGGUGUCACGUGGCUCCUUGGCACCGUCACCAUCAAGAUGUCGAUGCUCUGCCUGUACAAUAGGCUCUUCUCAUCGUCGACAAACACCAGGCGUUGGGCGUCAGUCCUGAUGGUACUUGUGUCCUGCUACGGUAUCGCCUUCAUCACUGUCUUCUUGACCAACUGCCAACCCAUUGACCAGAUGUGGAACCCAGUGCCUGAUGGUUGGUGUCGCGACCUCAGCAUUGAUGAGUUCGUAUCGGUCAGCAUCAACCUGGUCCUCGACCUCUCCAUCGUUCUGCUGCCCAUGCCGGUGCUUUGGAGGAUGCAGAUGACGACAAGGAAGAAAGUCUUCAUCUCCAUCAUGUUCGGUCUGGGGCUCGUCACCAUUGGCAUCAUGUGUUGGAGACUUGAGGCGACAGUUCAGUCCUCCAAAAACCCCGACUUCACUUUUACGCUGGCGAACAUCGGUCUGAUCAGCAUGCUCGAGCUCUGGCUGGGGAUCAUCUGCGCUUGCAUACCCACAUUGACGCCUCUGCUCAAGACGUACGUGAACCCGGCACUAAAGAAGAUCGUGUCGAUAGGCUCAUCCGCAACGCGCUCGUUCCGCGGCCCGGAGCGUCUCAAAUCAGUCAGCAGGAGCCGCUUCCGAGCCUGGUUCACCCAGACGGAGAGGACACGCCAGUCCAGAUUAUGA